AUGGAAAGCCACAAUGAUGCGGUGAAAAUCAUUGCUGCUCAAGUCCGAGCGUUCAACGCACGAAAGGAACCGUUCCGCAUUUAUCAUGGGUCCACGAACUGCACCCGUACGUCUCGGCGUCAGCGAGAUCAGAUGGUUGACAUCAGCAGCCUGAACCAUGUCCUCCAAGUCGACACCCAGGCCAACUUUGCUCUGGUGGAACCCAAUGUACCUAUGGAUGUGCUGAUAGAAGCAACGCUCCGUCAUGGCCUAGUGCCGCCAGUGGUCAUGGAGUUCCCCGGUAUAACAGCUGGUGGCGGUUUUGCUGGUACCGCUGGUGAAAGCAGCUCCUUCCGAUAUGGCUUCUUCGAUAGGAUCGUUAGCUGGAUCGAGAUUGUACUCGCAACCGGUGAGGUGGAGACUGCCUCCACUGUCCUGAGAUCGGAUCUUCUCUAUGGCGCUGCAGCCGCUUUUGGUACUUUGGGGAUAACAACCCUGCUCAAGAUUGAACUGAAAGAGGCGAAGACAUACGUGGAGCUCAGCUAUUUCCCAGUCAACAGCAUAUCUGAAGCAUUGGAGAAAUUCAAACAGAUCGCCAGGGACCCCGCGAUAGACUAUGUGGACGGGAUCCUCUUCGCCUCCAAUGCCGGUGUAGUAUGCUCAGGGCGGUUGACCAGCGAAGCAUGCGGUAACGUCCAAGGUUUCGCCCGUCCAAGUGAUCCAUGGUUCUAUCUCCAUGCUCAAAAGCUCGUCGAACGGUCAUCCAACCCGACCGUAGAAUCGAUUCCUUUGGUCGACUAUCUCUUCCGUUACGACCGUGGCGCGUUUUGGAUGGGAUUCUACACCUUCAAGUAUUUUCUCGUCCCAUUCAAUCGCAUCGGACGCUGGGUUCUGGAUCAUUUCAUGCACACCCGAGUAAUGUAUCAUGCGCUUCACAAGAGCGGCCUCUCAACAAAGUAUAUAAUUCAAGACGUUGUCGUACCGUAUGCGACUGCCAACGAUUUCCACAAGUACGUCGAUGAGACUUUAGGCUUUUACCCGCUCUGGCUUUGCCCUAUCCAUCAGAGGGGACAGUCACAACAGGCUCCACAAGGACCGCUUGCCGAAAAGCCUAAGCCUAAUGACCCAGAGAUGCUCCUCAAUUUUGGCGUUUGGGGCCCCGGGCCCAGCAAUCGGCGCGCCUUCGUCGAGACCAAUAGGAAAUUGGAACACAAAAUCCAAGAACUCGAGGGUAGAAAGUGGCUUUAUGCCCACACAUAUAAUACAGAAGAAGAAUUUUGGGAAAUGUAUGAUCGCAAAAGCUAUGAUGCUCUACGGGCCAAGUAUCAAGCCGCUUACUUACCAAAUAUAUAUGAGAAAGUCAAGGUUGAUGUUGAAGGAGAGGAGAAGGCGAUGAGGGACUCUUGGAUAGUCUACCUGCUAGCUAUUUUCUGGAGUAUCUGGCCACUGGGUGGGCUGUAUGGUCUUUACAACGCAACCUUUGGUGGAGAUUAUCUGCUGACUCGUGAUGUCUGGUGGAAUGGGGUCCAGCAACUGAAAAGAUAA